UUCUUCUCCCUGCUAUUUUCCUCGCCAAGAAUCACUCCUUUUCCCACCGCCUUACGUCUCUUAUAAAUACCCCGCCUUCCCUCCCUCUUUCCCUUGUUCCAUGGAUUUUUUCCUGUGCUCUGUUCCGUUUUCCUUUCACUGCGAGCGGGGAGAGCUCUCAGGGAUGCCUAGGUGAUUAUAUCGAACUUUCAUGAUCUUGAUCUCUGAUGGCGGUAGUACUGGCUUCGAAUUGCUGCUUCCAUCGGCGCUUUGAGCAUUUACAUCAAGCACAACUAAUAAAUGAUUAUUUUAGUUUCGCCGGGUCCAUCUCCAGCGUGAAAUUCUCAAAGUUUGAAUCAUCAGUGAACAGUUCCAUAUCAACAAAAACUCUUCCUAGGUUUCUAAUGGAAGCAUGUCGGAUGGAAGCUGGUAGGUCCACUAGACGGGAUACCAAAAUGGUCCCCACAAAGGAAUUGAUGAAAAGCAAGGGUACUCCUCGUCAAAAGCUAGGGUCAAAGGCGGCGGUUUUUAAUGGAGUGAAUCUGGUUAAAAGGGACAGUACAUCUGCUCUUGUUAAAACUCAGAAAAAGACUUCUGAAGAGAUUCCUUUCAUGGACGAGUUAAAAGUUCUGCCUUCAGAGGAAGGUUUCAGCUGGGCCGAGGACAACUACCGUGCCUGGCGAAGGACUAUAGACGUCUGGACAUUUCUGCUUAUCUUACGCCUGCGUGUUCUCUUGGACAAUGCAAAAUGGGCAUACCUCGGUGGAUUUACAGUAGAGGAGCAGAAAAUCAGAAGGCAGAAAACUGCUUCCUGGUUGAGAGAACAAAUUUUACAACUUGGGCCAACUUUCAUCAAAUUGGGGCAGUUUUCUUCCACAAGAUCUGAUAUAUUACCCAGAGAAUUUGUGGAUGAGCUUGCCAAGCUGCAGGAUCGUGUACCUGCAUUCUCACCUGAAAAAGCAAGAGCUUUCAUACAAAGCGAGUUGGGUUCUCCAGUUGAUGUGUUAUUCAAGGAGUUUGAAGAUCGACCCAUAGCUGCAGCUAGUCUUGGCCAGGUGCAUCGAGCAAUCCUGCAUAAUGGAGAGAAAGUUGCUGUUAAAGUUCAGAGGCCAGGUCUCAAAAACCUUUUUGAUAUUGAUUUAAGAAAUUUGAAAUUAGUAGCUGAAUAUUUUCAGAGAAGUGAGGUGUUUGGUGGUUCUACAACGGAUUGGAUAGGUAUAUAUGAUGAAUGUUCCAAGUAAGUAUUUUGCUCCUUUGAUUUUUCUU